AUGGAUGUUUUAGAGGAAAAAUGGAAGGGACUUAGACUGAGGGAAGAAGAAGAAGCUGUGAUAGAGCUGGAGGAGGAAUGGCAGAGCGAGUUGGGAUUGAAAGAACAACAGUCAAUCAUGGUGAAAAUCUGCUCAACAAGGACCAUAAGCAGGGAAGUAGUGGAGACAACAAUGGGAAAAAUCUGGAGGAUUAGCAAGGCCGCACAGUUUUACGGAGCUGAUAAGGAGAAAGUCUGGUCAGGGAGGCCAUGGUUGUUUGACAACCAGGUUCUGGUAAUGAAGGAGUUCGAUGGUUUCACUCCUAUACAGAGCAUUAGUUUUGAUACUGAAAGCUUCUGGGUAAGGUUACAUAACCUGCCUCUUUCGUGUAUGACAAAAAGCAAAGGAGAACAAAUUAGGAAUAAGGUUGGAAAGGUGGAGCAGGUGGAUGUGAAAGAUGAUGGAUUUGGAUGGGAAACUUUCCUAAGAGUCCAAAUCCUAUUGAAUCUGACUCAACCACUGGCAAGGGGCAGAAUGACGAAGGUAAAAGGGAAAAACAUUUGGAUACCAUUUAGUUAUGAAAAAAUGUCAAAGAUAUGCUUCUCAUGUGGGUGUAUUGUACAUGGUAUCAAUGGAUGUAGUAAUGGAGAGGUGGUGUCAGAAGCCAAAGAUCAACAAUAUGGGCUAUGGAUGAGGGCCAAGCAAUUUCAAAAAAACAAUUUCUUCAAUAGUGGAACUAGUAGGUAUAAGGAUGAAAGCUGGUGCAGGAAAGAGGGUAGAGACAGGAACCUAAAUGGGAUAAGUGGAGGAGAAAAUGAGGGAGAGGAAGGAAGGAAGGAAGGAAGAGGGGAGUGA